UCGUUAAGAUAAGCUCAGUCGAUCGAAUCGAUCGAAUCAUGUUUGGGCGAGCCGAGCAUCUGGCUACCUUUGGCUAACUUGAGAAGAGAGUUCUUAGAGAGAGAAGUGGAGAAGUGAGAGAGAAAUCGAGAGUGCGUCUUUGCGUCUUUGGGGGUCUUAGGUUCUUCUUGAGCGAGGCAGGGCCGAACUCACCAUCAUCGACAGCCAACUACACCGCCUAUCAUCCAAACAGUACACACCCACCUGAGGCUAGUCGGGUCAGCCACGCUAUCAACACCCGGAUUAUUAGGAUCACCAGGAUCACCAGGAUCACCAGGAUCCCGCACCACCCGUAUCCCUCUCACCCGUGUCCGUCCUCGGAUUCCUUGGCCAUUGGAGAAGCGCGUCUAGCGUCUAGCGCCUAGAGCCAAGAGCGGUGGCCACGGCGGCCUGACCCUUUGGCCUCUGUCAUGAGUCGCGCGGCUCCCUCGUCCGCGCCCAGUGCGUCCCCCGCGCCCACUGCGUCAUCGCCUGGGACGGACCGAAAAAGCCCGUUGGCCUCCAUUGGCGCUCGACUCAGUUUUGCCGUCUUCAUGGCCGUGGUGGGGGUGCCCAUAUGGUGGAAGACCACGCAGAUCUUUCGCGUGCCCUUGCCGUAUGAGCGGAUCCACACGCUGUCUGAGACGCUCAAGGUGCCCGUGGCCAUCCAUCUCGUGUCCAUGGAUGUGCGGAAGGAUCAUCAAUUGGGCUUGUUGUUGCAAAAAGCGUUCACAGAAGGGCCACCUUCGGAUGUAUUCGAGUUCCAGCUCCAAAGCCGCGCCCCUACGCAGGAGGAAAGCAAAGCCGCCCAAGCGGCCUCGUCUUUAAGCGCCUUGGAGGCCCGCAUGCAAGAGUUGCACCGGGGUUGGCCCGUCGGCUCAAUCCUGGUGUUUGACGUGGGUCGCGAUGACCUGGUUCCGGUCGAGACCCCCGUGAUUCUAGGCCAUUCCCGUAUUGUGUUUAUCAACCGUGCCGUAGCAAUUCCUGACUUGGCCCUGGCUCUUCGUCAGACCUGGCUAGGGGAAACGCACACUGCCGACCUGAUUGCUGCCAUCCAAGCUCCCCGCCACGAUCGGGAUCGCGCCUCCGUGCUACGCCGUGUCACGGCCGCCCGCGGCUAUGACAUUUUGUUCUCUUUGCUCCUGCCUCAACCGGACGUCACGCCACUGACGUGGGAUGUGGAGCGCGGCCUCCAACAGUAUCUGGAUCCCUUUCUACACAACUUGCGGAACUACUCUGCUUUCUCAGUGCACAGCCAAGUCUUGCACCUUACCUCGCUCAACCUGCGACCCGAAACCAAAGGCGGCGUUCAUUUCGUGACGGCCCGUGAUUGCGGGUUGGCUAUCAAUCCCGUAGAAUCGCAACUGGCCUCUCACGUUUCGUCUAAUCCUCGACUCAAUUUCCUCUUGUACGUACCCCCGAUGGAACAAUCGCCUUUAGUCAUUAAAAAGAACGAUCAUUCCGAAGAACCGUUGGAAAGCAACGCAUUCAUCAUUCCUCGAUGGGGAGGCGUGGCCAUACAUAACCCUGCCCCCGGAGACACGUCUGAAAUUCAUUUAGGCAAAUACAUGAGUAUUUUUCUUAGCCAACUCCGUCUCCUUUUGGGACUCCAGAGUGAUUCCCAAGCGCCCAAUGGCAUUGUUGUUCUACCUCAUCCGAGUUUGCGUUCAUGGGAGUACGACUACCUCAUGAGAUCCCGCAUUCUUGAAAAUCUAGUCUUGACUCGACUCACGUUGCAAUCCCUCUCGCAUCUUUUGACUCAAAUAUCGAAUAUCGUCAUCAAUGAGGACGUGGGCGAGCGGGUCUUCAAAGCUGUGAACGCUUUCGAAAAAGCUCAGUCACAGCUCGACUCUGGUCACUUGGAGGAAGCUUUCCAAUCAUCUAAAGAGGCCUUCGAUGCGUCUGAAGAGGCUUUCUUUGAUCCCACUCUCCUGGGAUUGCUUUAUUUUCCCGAAGAUCAAAAGUAUGCCAUUUACAUUCCGUUGUUUUUGCCGGUGGGCAUUCCUGUCCUAAUGUCUCUGAAAUCGGUGUACACUUUCUUCAGAGAUCCCAAAGUGAUUAAAGUGGAUUAGAUACUCAUCUUUGAGAGCAA